AUGCAACUGAUUCAGAAAACCUAUAUUCUAGGAGCCCUUGUGGCUCCAGUCCUCGGCUUCUGUGGUUCACACACUCAUCUCUCAGCUAGAGCAGAAGAGGGUGAAGUCAAGAUCAACACCUUUGGUUACUUUGGGUCCAUUGGCCCCGAAAACUGGGCGGCUCUAGACGCGGCCAACAGUCUGUGUGCCACGGGAACCCGUCAGUCCCCCAUCAACAUGGCCGACGGGCAGUUCCACAUGCUCAGCGCAUCAGACAUUACCCUCGAGAUGCCCGACCAGCCCGAGGGCGCCGAGUUUGAGAACUUGGGGACCACGGUCGAGGUCGUGCUCGAGGGCAAAGGUGGCAAGCUGUCGCUGGCGGGCGUCGAGUACGAACUCAAGCAGUUUCAUAUUCAUCACCCCAGUGAGCACUUGGACAAUGGCACGAGUGUUGAGAUGGAAGUUCACAACGUCUUUGAGAGCGCCGACGGCCAACUGGCCGUGAUUGGCGUCUACCUUGAAAGCGAUCUCGGAUCUCUGGUCAACGUGGCGACUCGCGCCCGCCGACAGGAAGCACUUCCGGCCGGAACCACAAACUUUACCAUCAUGGCAUCUUCCGCCCUGCCCGAGACGGACGCCAUCCUGUCGCCCAUGCUCGAGACGGUUUUUGAAAAAGUCGACGAGAUUGCCGCCCCCGGGUCCAAAGUCACGACGGGAUCGCUGGUCUUUUCCGAAUACAUUGCGGCUUUAAUGUCGGGCGGUUUUCAAUCAUACUCGGGCUCCUUGACCACGCCCCCUUGUAGCGAGGGCGUCAACUGGCUGGUCGCUACCCAAAGACUCAAGGUCUCACCGGCAGCGGUACGCCGCGUUUCCAGUGUGGUCAAGUUUAACUCUAGGAUUACGCAGAAUCUUCUGGGAGAGCCAAACAUUCUCAACUUUGCUACCGUGAACUCGGCUGCUCAGGCAUAA